AGAACAUAGCAGCAUGAGCAGACGAAAAUGGCAGCAAAAAUCUUCACCUUUCUCCUUGCCGGAAUAAUUUGGUUUUCCACCGCGUCUGUCGUCUACUUCUUCUACCACGAGAGCACGCUGCAACCCACGAGCAGGAGGGAAAUUUACUUCAGACUUGAAGGAGAAAGCAGAACAGAAAAUGACAAGGAAAACCCGAGGACUCGAGUGGACUCCGAGAUUGACGGCGAGCUGUUGGGCCAACUGGGCCGGGACGUUCUGCGCUUUGGCCCCGGGGAGAACGGGCAACCGGUCCUGCUGUACGGCGAGGUCAAAGAGCGUGCAGACGAUACCAUGAGAAUACACAAUUUUAACAUGGUCGUCUCUGAAAUGGUUUCAGUACAAAGAACUUUGAAAGAUACGAGACAUAAAAAGUGUAAAGAUGUCGCCUACCACCUAUCAGCACUCCCAUCGGUCACAGUCAUCAUAGCAUUUUACAACGAGGUGUGGUCAGCCCUACUACGGACCAUCUACAGCGUGCUCAACAGAAGCCCGCCCUCGCUGCUGAAAGAAAUCAUUUUAGUGGACGACUUCAGUGACAAUGUAGACAUAGUGGAACAACUCAAGUCCACCCCUCGCCGGGUGCGCAGCAAGGUGAAGCUGGUGCAGACCACUAAACGGGAAGGGGUUGCCAAGGCCCGCCUGGAGGGGGCGAGGGAAGCCUUAGGAGAGGUGCUGGUCUUCCUUGAUUCGCAUUGCGAGGUUAACACACACUGGUUGGAGCCCCUCCUGGACGCCAUCAACCGAGACCGUUCCACAGUGGUGGCACCCGUCAUUGACGUCAUUGACCACGAGACAUUAGAGUACACUAAAUCGGGCAUCUCACGCUCCGUCUUCAAGUGGGACCUCAGCAUCAAGCAGUCGCCGUUGUCAAGAGCUGACCUAGCUGAACGGGAGAGUCCUGUUGAACCUCUGAGAACGCCGGUGUUGGGAAGGGGAAUCUUUGGGGUCGACAGGAACCAUUUUGAACGCAUCGGGGCCCUGGAUCCCCAGAUGGAAGGAUGGGGAGGAGAAAGCCUUGAGCUGUCUCUCAGAGUCUGGAUGUGUGGCGGCAACAUCAAGAUCAUCCCCUGCUCCCGAGUGGGUCACAUCGAUCGGGUGGAACCGCCGUACGAUUUCCCUGGCGGCGUGGAGGCCUCGUAUCUGCACAACCUUGGACGUGUCGCCGAGGUCUGGAUGGAUACCUACAAGAGAGACUUCUACGCUUCCCUGCCUGAAGCACAAAACAAAUAUUACGGCGACAUCUCGGACAGACAAGCGUUACGGCAGAAGCUGGCCUGCCAUCCCUUCCAGUGGUAUCUAGAGAAGGUCUACCCUAGCCUGCUGGGCACGGCGCAGGACCAACUGGUAGCGUGGGGAAGGUGUCACAACAAGCAGGCCAACCUGUGUGUGGACACACUGAAGGCAGGAGAGAGCAAGCCCAUCGGAGUCAGCAAAUGCGGUAAAGGCCUACCCAGCCAGGCGUUUAUGGUCACACUGGAUGGUGAAAUCAGAUGGGAGGAUCUGUGCCUGGACUUGGCCGACUACAGAGCUGGCCAUAAGCUGACACUAGAGGGCUGCCACGGAAUGGGCGGCAGCCAAGAAUGGAAACAUGACAAGCCCGGUCAGAUUGUCCACAGAGAGAGUGGCAUGUGCCUGGACGUGGCCGGCCUACAGACCAAAGUCCUCGUCAUCAACGUCUGCGGUGACCGGCCGACGGAAGCCUGGGAGUUCGCUCAUUACAAAAAACACAAGAAAAGCUGAUAGGGAGGAACAAA